AUGCAGGUGCGGGCACAGACCGUACCGCUUCCGUCUGUCGACGCGGGGCGCCUGCGUGAACGGAUAGAUUUGCCUCCUGAAACGGAGCGUCCGCUGGAGCAGCGAGAGACGGCUAUUCCGCAGGGAAAUGUGCUGCCCGAGUCGAUGAAGUCCGCGCGGGUGACCUUGAAAGCCAUACGGCUGGCCGGUGCUACGGUGCUGGCAGGUGAUGUCUUGCAGGCAAAGGCGGACAGUUAUACCGGCCGUGAGAUUUCCGGCGGCGACAUUCUUGAGCUUGCUUCGUCGCUCACCGCGAUGUACCGCAACGCCGGCUAUAUCCUGUCGAUGGUCGUCGUGCCUGAGCAAUCACUGGAGUCCGGCCUGCUGACCCUGAAUGUGAUUGAGGGCUAUAUCGGGCAUGUGAGCGUUCGGGCAGAUGCUGGCGUGAGUGAGCACCUCAGGACACGUCUUGUGGAAGCCGGGGAAAAGAUAAAGGCCUCGCGACCCCUUGAUGCAGCAGUGCUUGAGCGUUACCUGCUGAUUGCCAAUGACUUGCCCGGGGUAACACUGCGCAGCGUGCUGGCGCCGUCGCAAUUGCCUGGUGCGGCGGACCUGACGCUGGUCGCCUCCGUUAAAAAAAGCGAGGGCUUUGUCGCCAUCGACAACCAUGGCUCCAGAUAUCUGGGGCCGGGGCAGGUUUUCCUGGGGCUGGGGGCAAACCAGCUGUUGGGUGUCAACGACCAGUGGCGUUUCACCACGGCAGGCACAGGCAAUUCUGAAAUGUCCUUUAGCCAGAUCGCGUAUAGCCAGGUACUCAACGUUGAGGGCUUAAAGCUGUCGGCCAUCGUCUCCAGCGCACGCACCCGGCCGGGAGAUGUGCUCAAACCGUUUGACGUCCACGGCAAUGCAGACACUUUCUCGGCGGGCCUCAGCUACCCCAUUCUCAGAACGCGCAACGAGAGUCUGUUCUUGCGUGCGACCUACGAUCACGCCGAUAUUCACACCGAUAUUCUGGGCACGCGGGUCGUUGAGGAUCAUGUGCGGGCCUUGCGCCUUGGCCUCAGCUGGCGUGUCCUUGACCGGAUGGACGGCCAGAACACGGUGGACCUUGAUUUCAGCCAGGGUCUGGGCGGCACACAGGCUUCGGACCUGCUCAAGAGCAGGACCCAUCACGGAAAUGUCGAUGUCGGGACUCUGCAGGACGACAACUCCGCAGACAAAUAUAAGACUCUGCUGGUGGACGAGCUAGAGGCUACUACUGCCAACGACUACAUUCGAAUUCUCAGCGCGUUUUUUGACUAUGUGCACUCCAACAGCGCCGCCAAGGUGCUGAAUCCUUGGAGCGCUCGGAUUGUCAAGGGCGCAAGAAAUCAGGCGGAAUCCUAUGAGCCGUUUAGCAAUCAAGAACUGAAAAAGAUAUUCAAAGCGGAGCUCUACCGCGCAAAAAUGAAGCUGCCGGACUUCUAUUGGGGGCCAUUGGUGGCGCUCUACACGGGGGCCAGAGCAGAAGAAAUUGCCAGUUUGACGCCCGCACAAGUCCUCAAAGAGAAGGGCAUUGUUUAUAUUCAGAUUCUCCAAGGCAAAACCGAAAACGCGCCGCGUCGAAUUCCUGUGCACGACGCCCUAGUUGACUUGGGAUUUUUAGAAUACGUGACGCUUGUCAGGAAAGCCGGAUUCCCCCUGUUGUUCCCGCACCUUAUCGACGGAAAAAACGGGUUUAAAAAGAACAUGACCCGCAGGCACACUGCAAUCACGGCGCUAACCAAUGCUCAAGUGAAUGACGGCUUAAAAAAAGCCCUUGUUGGUCAUGAUGGGAAGACAAAAACUUCCAGCCACGAUGACUAUGUGCAUCUUGCUCAACUAACGCUGCCCAAUCUUUCCCGUGCUAUUAACUUAUUGAAUUUUCCAAUUGACCUCGUAGGCCUUCGAGCCGACUCUCCCAGCUUACUGCAUGCUGCACAACGGCGCAUUGCAGCGCGAAAGGCGAUGGAUGAGAAGAAACCCCUGGCAGCACUUAAGCGCUAG